CUCAGCCACACAAGGCACAAUUGCACCAUGAUGCGGCGAAUUGGACGACGAGCUGCAGCGGCGGCGCUGGCCUCCACCGGUCGUGGACGCGUGGUUGGCCAUGGACGAGCGUUACUGGCUGCCCAGAACUGCAUCUCCAAUGGUGCUCACGCUUUCAGCUCCGCAAUUAGCGAGAAAGAGGCCUACGAAGCGUUCGAGAAGGCAAAGCAACUGCUGGAUGGCGACGAUCUGCCGCAGGCCAUGGGAUAUCUGGGCGUGGCAGCACACGCCAACAUUGCUGACGCGCAAUACCUGCUGGGCUCGCUGCUGCUGAACGAAGACGACGAAGAAGAGGAGGAUGAUGCACAGCGCAAGAACAAGGAACUCAUCCGCGAUGCUGAGGCCAAUCGCCAACGCUCUCGACGCGCGGACGACGCACAAAACAUUAAGGAGAUCCGGAAGGAGGCUCGCGCAGCCUACAAGCAGUAUUUGAUAGAGCAGAAGCGCAAGAAGCAGGCUAAGGCUGAGCGCUCGGCUAGUCAUACGUCAAUAGUGCAGCACGCUACGACGGGAGAGCUGGACCGCGCGUUUGGCAAGACAGUGGAGCUCCUGCUGGACCCAGAGUCAAAGCUCGAGCCACUUCUUGAGAAUGGCGACGAGGACUACGCAGAUGUUGCCCAGACUCAAAUGGAUACCACAAAAGCAGUGGAAUGGCUGCGGCGUGCAGCUGACAACAGCAACCGCGAUGCUCAUGUACAGCUUGGCAACUUGUGUUUAAGCCACGACCCUCCGAUGGCACUGGAAGCCAGCGCCUGGUACACUCGCGUCACAAAGGACGAGAAUCCGCACCCGGAUGCACUGUACAACCUCGGAGUGAUGCUAUUCGAAGGAGUGCAACAUGCAGAGCCGCCGUUCCCGGGUAACAAGGGCGCGUCGAUUCCAUUCUUCACUCGUGCUGCAGAGGUGGGUGAUGUGUCGGCCCAGUUUUUCAUGGGAAUGCUACUGCACCAGGGCGACAAGGAUCUGGAGAUCGAGCCCAACUUCAGGAGUGGACUUAUGCUCAUUGAGAUGGCGGCCAGUAAGGGCCACCCGGCUGCGCUGUACUAUCUGGCGCAGCUUUAUCGUUCCGACGAUGAAGCCAAUGACUUCGCUGCAGACCAUACCAAAUUCUUUGAGCACUUAGAUAAGGCCAUGGAGGCCGGCGACGCAGACGCUUUCUUCUGUAUGGCAGACAUCUACUUCCACGGCAGUGACGGAUUCGAUCAAGACUACGAGCAGGCUCACGGAUUCUACAUGGCUGCAGCGGAGCAGGGGCACGCCGACGCAUUCUGCUGUCUUGGUGCUCUUUACUACAACGGCAUUGGUGUGGAGCAGGACUUUAAGAAGGCGUUCUUGUACUAUCAGGAGGCUGCUGACCGAGACUCCAUGGAGGCGUGGAAGAAUCUUGCUGAAAUGUACAUGGUCGGUCGUGGUGUGCCUCGCAAUGAGGCUACAGCUAACGCUAUUAUCAAGAUGCUCAAGAAGGUUGGGGCCGAGGAGCAGAAGAAAGUGUGAGAUAGCAGCUCUUCAAGCCGGCUGAGUGGCUAGCAAGGUUUUGUUGCUCAAUACACAAUAGAGUUACCAUUCACUAUGUCAAAUGCC